UCAAGACACAGGUUAAAGUGCAGCCACACAAUUUGGUAAAAUAGACAUUUUAAAGGCUACAGUAGAAUGUAGGGCUUGUAUUAAAAAAUACAAGAAUUUUCACCAGAUGACUUAAAGUAAGAAAAUUAAAAAAUAGUGGCAGGGUUUUUACUCACCACAACUGCAGAGGCUACCAGCUUCAUUUGAAAGACUACAGACUACAUGGGGCCGUUAUUUAUUAAUCCCUCUGUGUUUUUAUAUUUUUACGUUUUAAUCCGCUCCCUGAACUUCAUAUUAAAAGCCCCUUAUAACCCCGGCUGAGAGAAUCCAUCCAUUUUCUAAAUAGGCUUUUAUUGUGAAACAUUUGUAGGAACUUGUUGUGAAGAAAUCAGUGGCCUUUAUGUUUACGUACGGUACUUCAAAUGUAGCUCCUGCCGUCUGCUGGCGGUUUUUACGUUACUACAACAAUAUUUCAGCUGGCACAUGAACAGACACAGUGACUCAAAUAAUAGUAAAAGUAAUAAAAAUAGGACAAGAAUAACCCGAUGACAUCACACACGUCGUGAAAGACGACCGGGGAUAAUUGGUGUGUACCAUCGUGUAGUGUGUCAUGUCUGUCGGUCAAGUCACAGCAUGAUUUUAUGACUCCACAAUCGUGUAAUGUGACAUAGUGACUUUCAGAACGGGCAGAAAAGUCGUGUAGUGUGUACCAGGCAUAAAUCCUCCUUUACUAUACUAGUAUCAGUAUCGGUACAACUCUACUUGAUAGCUUUCACUUUAUCCUUCACUGGAGUAGCCAAAUGCUACAUCUCCCUGGGCCCCAGUGGGGUCCAUUAAUGUCUGUACACAAACUAAUGGCAUCCAUCCAUCAGCUGUUGAGACACUGCAGUCUGGACCAAAGUUAGAUAACAAAGGCUGACAUGCACAUCGUGGAUUUACAUGGGUAGUGGCACAUACAUAAAACCAAGUCAUUAUAGCUUCAUCAGGAAACAUUGGAGCUAUUUCUUUAGCCGUUAACUGCAGUUAUUCAUAUCAUCUAAAAAGCUCUGUCCCUGUUACCAGAUUUGAGCUCUAAGCUCACUACUCUGUUGAACUUGGCUGACAAGAUACAACAUGUCAAUGUGACAGCUUGUUGCCUCUGACAGUUGUUUGAAGUUUUACCUUUAAUAUUGCCAGGCAAGAGUCCCCUGCCUUUUGUGACAAAGAGAUUCAGUAAUUCAUUCAUUUUCCGUAACCGCUUGUCCUGUUAGGGGUCAUUGGGGGCUGGAGCCUAUCCCAGCUGACAACAGGUGAGAGAUGGGGUACACCCUGGACAGGUCACCAGGCUAUCACAGGGCUGACACAUAGACACAGACAACCAUUUAUGCACACAUUCACGCCUACCUAGAGUCACCAAUUAACCUAUCUUGCAUGUCUUUGGACUGUGGGAGGAAGCUGGAGUACCCGGAGAAAACCCACACUGACCCAGGGAGAACAUGCAAACUCCAUGCCGAGGGGCUCCCCCACCCCAGGGGUGCGAAUCCCCCCACCCCAGGAUUGUCCUGACUUACCCUGCUUGAGAUCCACGUGCAAACAUGACAACCACAUCCAACAGCAGCAUUUUGGGUGGCAAGGUUUCUUCCUCGCCCCUCAUAUCUUCUCCACCCCGGCAACGCCUAGUCACCAAAGAUGGACACUGUGCCCUUCGUCCACCUCUGUGCUCUUCAGGCUUGCAGCGCAGGGCCUUGGGCAGAGCUUGGUUGCUGGCCCUGCAGGAUUUGUGGGGACUGUUGGUGGGUCUGCGCUGGAGAUGGGUCCUGCUGGCCUUCUGCACCUCUUUCCUGGCCCACUGGCUGCUGUUUGCCUGCCUGUGGUACUUGCUGGCCCACUUCAACGGAGACCUAGUGGUGCAGGAUCAUGAUGCCCCCCCACAGGGGCAUGUGGUUUGCGUAAAGCACAUAACCAGCUUCACUGCUGCUUUUUCCUUUUCCCUGGAGACACAGCUGACCAUCGGCUACGGCACCAUGUUCCCCAGUGGAGACUGUCCCAGUGCCAUAGCACUGCUGGCUGUGCAGAUGCUGCUGGGGCUUAUGCUGGAAGCAUUCAUCACAGGUGCAUUUGUAGCCAAGAUUGCGCGUCCCCAGAAGCGAGCAGGAGCCAUCCAGUUCAGCCCCCAGGCGGUGGUGGGCCAAAACCAGGGCCAGAUGUGCCUCAUGCUACGGGCCACCAACCUGCUGCAGCGACCUCUGGUGGAUGUAAAAAUGAGUGCUGUGCUCUAUGAGGAGCAUGAAGGUCAGGCUCUGCACCAGACCUCUCUGGACUUUCACUUGGAUCAUUUAGGCCAGCAGCCCUGUCCAUUCUUCAUCUUUCCACUCACCUUUUACCACCCAUUGGACCGCCAGAGCCCCCUCUAUCCUGCCCUGUGUGAGGGCACGUCCAAUCACUUUGAGUUGGUGGUCUUCCUGUCAGCCUUGCAGGAGGGAACUGGUGACUCCUGCCAGAAGAGGACCUCCUACCUGCGCCAAGAAAUCCAGUUUGAGCGUCGCUUUGUACCUGCCUUGGGGUUGGAUGCUCAGGGGAGGUACAUGGUGAGCACCCAGCACUUUGACACGGCUCACUCAAAAGAGCCUUUUAACAAGGACUGUGUGGUGCAGAUCAAUGGUGAUGGCAACGACAGGAUGGAGUAAGAAUUCUGAAGGGCAGGUCUCAUAGGGACAGAUGAGAGUUUCUAAGGGAUAACUGGGGUAGAUAUUUUUGUCAGGUGGUACUUGAUUUAAUUUGGUAAAUCUGAAUUUAUAUCUAAGCAUUUGAAAUUAAAAAUGUAUAUGAGACAUAGGUGCUGCUGUGGUCUGCCUCAGCUUUAACCUGUUAUUUGUUAUUGGAAUGGUAAAAUUACUGACUGCUGUAAACAUUCAUCAGAGUUUAGAGACCUACUUCCUCCUUCAGCUUUGAACUGCUGUACUUACUACAGCUGUUUGCGUUGGGUAUUGGGGCGAUCAUCUCACUGCUUGUGAGUUGUUGUUUUUUUGAAGACUGGACCUAAUUUUAGAGAUGUCCCUGCAUUCUGAGAUCUGAGCAGUUACGAUGCUGAGUGCAACAUUGUCAUACCUGAUAGAACUGAUGGCCAGGGCUACAAAAAUAAAACCCAAACUGUAAUAAAGCACAGUUUGCUUUUAAAUUUAAUCAAAAUUCCUUUGCAUUGUAUUACUUUCCAUGUAAGGUUUUGUGACUGGAUUGAAUACAGUCAAGCUAUAUUUGUGGUGACACAGUCCAUUUCAAAUUCAGUUCCACUUUCGGUAAUCAAUAUUCUAUCAUUAACACUAAAUCAAAUGAGCAUGUGUAAUGUGAAAGUGGGCAUUCAUUGUGAUGGACCCUCAGUGAUCAAUAUUUCCUUUUCUUUCAGCUCAUUGUUUUAGUCUUAUGGCACAUUUGGUGUUUGGUUAAAUCUCUUCGCUUUCAACUGCUUGGUUUACAGCAACAGCAGGUAGCUGAUUUCAGCAAAAAAAAUAAAUAUAAAAGCUUUAAAAAUCUGACUCUUCACUACCUGCUGAAUGUUUGUACAAAAUUUCAUGGAAAUCCACACUUUACAGUUGUUGAGAUAUCCCACUGUGGACAAAAGUGGUCGACCCACAAACCAACGGAUGACCAUUCACAUAUUAAAACCCAGAAUAAUUCUUUGGAAUAUGCCCAGUGGAAAUGUAAAUUAUAAUUGAUUUGUACUGGAUGUAUAAAAACACACUUAACGGUCCUUAAACCUGUUGUGAAUUCCAUAGCAUUUGAUAAUUAAAUUGGUGCAGAUCAACAAUACAUUACAAAGGCGGAUGAACUCAUUCAAAACCACAUGCCCCAGGCACAGCGCUCAGUCCUUAUACUUUGGUGCAGGUGAUGGCAGGAAACAUCAGACUGAUAAUCAAUAAGUAGAUACACUGCACAUAGGAGGGAUGAAUUGCUUCCUCUUUUAAUCUAGUCUGUUACAAACACAUGUUUCGCCCAUGGUCUCAUCAGGUUUGUAGUGAUGAAGCCAUGGGAAAAAUGCAUUGUUUGGAAUUAGUAGGUAGGGCAGGUAUAUUGAAAGUGUUGAAAUAGCAAGUACCAAUCCGAAAGCAAUAUAAUGCGAUGACUUCACUGCCAUCUCUGUAAAAUGGGGCAUUCAUGUUACUGAUCAAUGAUUUCCUCUACUGAUGUUUGUGGACUCACAACACAAUUGAAGGAUUACACUGUUACUGUCAACAUGAGCUCAGCUGCAUGAAAUGACAUAUGGCUUAGUAUUAACUGAUAGAAUUAUACUGACUGCUGAUUGAUUUAUAAUGUCUUUUUUAAUCACUGACUUAAUCAUUAUGCAAAGCAAAAAUCAAUGUAUUAACUUCAAUUUGUACAGUAUCGAAUGUCUCUAGAUUUGACAAAGAAAGCAAGGAAGUAAGGAAGAGGUGUUGUAGUAAAUGUGUGUUUGUAUUUGGAGUGCCAUCUCUUUAAAGGCUGAUACCAUGAAGAGAAUCACUGUGUUAUCAAUGUUGUUUAAAAUCAUGUAGCCUUUAGACAUAACAGAGGAAAUGUUCCAAAAAUGCGAUUGUUAAUGGUGGGAUCUCACUGAAUCUCAAAUGCUUC